CAGUGACUCGCGAGUCACGGCAGCGUCAGCCGCCACAGCUGAUCGUUUGGAGAACGCAACACACGGGCGCGCACUGGCGGUAAACGGUUACCACCACGUCUGGUUACCAUGUCUAUCCUAUGGUCCGGUUACCAGGUUCGACCACGAUCAAUGCAUUGUCUUGACGUAAUAUUCUGUGAUCAUGAUAAACAAAUUUUAUUAUUUAAUAUUUUACAUUUUUACCCACGACGUUGAUAGUGUAUAAAACACAAUUUUUAAUUAUUAAAUACAUCAUGGAUUUAAUUUAAUUUAAUUUUUUUUCAGUAUUUUACCAAUAAUAAUAAUAUUUUUGUUGUGAUUGACGGCCGUUCAAAUGAACGAUUACGAUGUGCAAUUGUUUCGUUAUGCGGGCCGUCGGCCGACGUCUAUGGCAAUGCAACUGUAAAUAAUAUACGAUGUUGUAUUGGCGGUAAAACGCUCUACAGACUACGGUCGCGGCGCAAUAUUAUUGGGGUAAAGCAACGUUUUACGCGCCGAUAGAGAACCUGCAAAAAUAAAAUAUCAAUUUAAUCGUUAUUUUUUCCUCCUCGCCGUUUAUUUGACGCAUCACGUAUAUAUAAAUAUAAACUAUUAUUUGGUUGCACGAGAGCUAUUUAAAGCGGCCGACGUCAGCGAUAUUCGCUAGGUAUACACAUGCAGAAUGUGCUUUCGACGUUGGCAUCGGGCCACUGUCUGUUCGUCUGUUGUCGCCGGGCACCGUAGCUAACGGCCGUCACGAGAACGGUUGACGACCACGACGCGGACCAUUGUUCACACCGACAGACUGUUCUGAGCGCAGCCGUUUGACGUGAGCGCGUGACCAUGUUCCCGUCCGAGGGAUUGUUCAGGAACGUGUUCUUCCAGCCCUAUAACGACCAGGGCUCGGCGAAAGUGAUUAACUCCGCCAAGAAUAGUAAGCAUUUUGUACAACGACUUGACUUGGAAAAAAUUUUGGAAACUCAUCGUGGAUGUGUGAAUUCUGUGAAUUGGAACGAUUCUGGAUCUUUAUUACUUACGGCUGGUGAUGAUAAACACAUAGUGAUUACUGAUCCAUUUUCAUACAAACUUCUUGUUGAUUAUAAAACAAAACAUAAAACCAAUAUUUUCUGUGCAAAAUUUAUACCUACUUCAGAUAACCGUAUCAUUUCAUGUGGUGCAGAUGGUUCUGUUCUCAAUCUUGAUUUGGAAAGACCAGAAGAAACAGAGUGGAAUUUCUUUACUUGCCACUCUAGCCAAUGCUAUAAACUGGAAACAAUACCCGACGAGCCUAAUAUAUUUCUAAGCUGUAGUGAAGAUGGUACAGUUCGCCAAUAUGAUCUUAGAACUGGUGUUAAAUGUACUAAACAACGUUGCGAUAACCAUGAAUUCAUUGAUUGUGGUAAACCUGUUUCCACUAUUGCGAUAAACCCAGUUAAACCUUAUCAACUUGGAAUUGCCACAAUAGAUAGUAUAGUUAGAAUAGUCGACAGAAGAAAAAUUAUAAAAAAAGAUUUAGUUCAAAAUAUUGUUCCUGAAUUUUCCUUUACUGUUCCUCAUCUUGAUCAUCGUGCUUAUCGUAUAACAUCACUAUCAUACUCACCUGAUGGCAGAGACAUGCUAGCCAGUUAUUCCUAUGAAGAAAUAUAUCUAUUUAGCCUCAGUAAAGAUUCUUGUACGACAGCAGUUGCAAAUGACUUUCUAGAAAAUGCGCCAAUUCCACCACCAUACAGACGGAUAAGAUUAAGAGGUGACUGGGCAGAUACUGGCCCUUUAUCUCGACCAUCUACUGAUAAUCUUACAACAUCAAGAUUACAGUCUCAAAUUAUGGCUCGAAUGAGUGCAUUGUUGAUUAAUGUGUUUAAUACACCAACAAUAAAUAAUGCCUUUAUGCAAAAUUGGAGUCCGAAUUAUUCUUCACCAGUUCCUCCAGAAUCUUUGAGACGUACUACAAGUUCAAUUGAACCACAAGGUGAAUUAGACGAAGUGGAUGUUCCUAUCAAUGAUAUUGAUCGUUUAGCUCGUGAAUACACCAACUCAAAUGAUGAUAAUAUUGAACAAUCCACUUCAAAUAGAUAUUUUCAAAACGUUGAAAAUAAAUCAAAAACUAAUAAAAAACCUCCGGUAUUUGAUGAUUUUGUUGCACUUCAACCAAUCAAAGCACAGUAUAAAGGUCAUAGAAAUGCUAGAACUUUGAUCAAAGAGGCAACAUUCUGGGGCAAUGACUUCAUUAUGUCAGGCAGUGAUUGUGGACAUGUGUUUGUAUGGGAUCGUUAUACAUGUGAAAUAGUGAUGUUGCUAAAGGCAGAUGCUCAUGUGGUUAAUUGUAUUCAACCACACCCUAGUAGGCUUUUACUUGCAACUUCUGGUGUUGAUCAUAAUGUUAAACUUUGGAGUCCAAUAAGUGUUGAUAAAAUGUUUUUCCAAUCAUUUGCAACAGAGUUAGUUGAAAGGAAUAAAUUAAUGAUGGAACAAUCAAAAGAUACAGUUACAGUGUCCCCGUCUUUAAUAGUGCGAAUGCUUACUUAUUUCAACCAACUUAGACGAGCGGGCAGUACAAAUACUAAUGCAACUUAAUUCAUGUAAAUCGGAUAGCUUUUGGAUUAUUGUGUGUGCUGACAUUAAAACUCAAUUUUUCUAACAUCAUAGAGACAGAAUAUAGUUAAGAUCAAAAUUACAAGAUAUAGUACAUUUUAAAUAAUAUUACUAAUUAAAUGUUCUAUUUUUUUUCUCAUUGCAUUUCAAACAUAACAUUUCACGAUCCAACUACUAUAAAUAAGUUUCUCAUCAUACAUGCGUGCUUGCAUCAGCCUGACUUUCCUUUGGGAGUAAUCAGUGACACUUGUUCAACUUACAUAUUAUGAUGUUGUAUGUCAAAUAGAUAUUUAAAGCUAGAUCUUAUAGUCAUUGCAACUCCCGUUUCAAUGUGUCUUUAUGACCAGUUCUGCCGUUUUUAUACCUUUUAAAGUUGUUUCAAUUACAUGCGAUCUGGUGAGCUUUUUGCAAUAAUUGAGAUGAUGGUUAUAUUUUAAAUAUAUAAUUUAUUUCUUAAAUGUUUUAUUUUUUUCCUUUUUUCUACUCAUUGUGUUUUAAACAUUUCAUAAUCCAACUUCUAUGAAUUAUAUUACAUGUGUACUUAAAACAGAUUAAAUUUUCCUUUGGAAAUAUCAAAAUUAAAUUAAAUCAGUGAUGUUUGUUCUACUUACGUCUUACAUAUGAUUUUAAAUGUCGUUUCUCUCGUGUCUGAAAUUAAUAUAGAUAUUUUACAACUGGAUCUUGUAAUUAAUUUAAUAUGGUUCUCCAAUUAGCUAUCUGUGCUAUUUGGGGAACUUCCUAAUAAGUUCAACAUACAUUUUCCACGGUAAAAUUGCUUUUUUAAAAUUGACUCGUCCUAUUUCGACAAAAAAAAAAUAAUAUAUUUAUAUAUAAAAAUAAUACAACUAACUUAAGAUUAAAUAUAAAAAAAUUCAAAUCAAGAUUAUGUACCUAAUAAUUGGUAAGAAAAAUUAAAACUUUUGACUUCUGUCAACCUAAAAAUCAAACAGAGUUAGGGUUUAUUCAACUAUAGAAUAAAAAUAUGAGAUGUAACACUAUUACCUUAAAUUAGCAUUAAAAGCAUGCACUAUAUUUCUCUGAUUCUUAUAAAAAAAUUAUUUAUGUUAAAAUCAAAUACUUGAACAUCAGUGUCACUCCUUAGAAAAGGUCCAUUGCUAUACUCUUAAUAUGUUGUGCUAUACAUAUCGGUUGUUUAAAUGUACAUACAAUGGUCAAUUUUUCAAUAUUCAUAUUCUUUGGUUAAAUUAAACAUCUGAUAAUAAUAAAUGAAAUGUAAUGGUUUGAUAGAUCUUUAUAUUUUUUUAUUUAUUUAUUUUGGAAAUUUCUUUGCAAAGUCAUAAUAAUAGAACAUACAUUAUUUUAUUAUUUUUGAUUAUUAUGUUAAGUCUUGUUUGGCUUGAUUUAAUAAAUUCAAACACGACUAAUAUCUCUUAAGAAAACUGUAUAUUUAUAUUUGCAAGUUAUAAGAAUAUAAAUUUAUUAUACCUAAUUUAUACCUAAUUCUACAAUCUAUCUUUAUAAAUAUUGUAUUGUGUUUAUUUUGUAUUUACUAUUUUUCAAAUUACAAUUUUUCAAAUUUUGUAUUUAUGUUGUACCUAUAUAUUUUAUGUUGGAAGAUUUAUACCUAUGUGUUAAUAUUUUUUUUUAUUUAUGCAUUGUAAUUUUUUUGUAUGAAACUUUGGUUGUCUAUAACUAAUUACAUAUUAUAGUAAAUUACUAAAUUUUAUACUUUGACAUACUCGACAAAUAUUCCAGUAGUAUAACUAACAACUUAUCGGUAGAUGCAAAUUGCAGUUUCAAUUAGAAUAUUCUUAUUCUCAAUUAAAUUUUUAUUAUCUAAAACAUAAAGCAAUACUUCAAUCUAUCAUUUGGUUGAGUUACUUGCUUGUUUGUUGCAUAUGUCAACUUAUUUAGAUUUAUGUUGAAACUAUUUUUAAAUUAUACAUCACUGUUGCUUAAAUAUAUAAAAUAAUAGAGAAUUUUAUACAAUAUUAUACAAUUAUAUAUGAUUAUUAUUAAACCGAAUAAACCUAUUCCCUAUAACCACCCACUGGGCCACAGAUUUAAAUAAAUUGUUAGUAGAUUGUUACUUAAAUUAUCAAAUUCAAUGUUAAGAUAAUAUUCAAAACUGUUUCCUUCGAUUUAUGGCAUUCAAAUGUAAUUUAACUCGUUUGCGUCAUUCUCCUUAUGAACCACUAUUACAUUAUUUUGAUAUUGGUAGUUUAUCCGAACAAAAAUAUGAAAUGAGAUAUGACAUUUUUAUUUGAGCUCGUCAUAGGUUACAUCAAUUGCCCUGAACUUUUUGGUUUUCUCAAUAUUUAUGUCCCUCAAUGUAGAACUAGAUCAACCACUAUGUUUUAUGUUUUUACCCAUAAAACAAAUUAUGUUUCUGCUUCUAUGAAUAGGAUAAUGUCAAUAGCAAAUGAUUUAAAAAUUGAUUUAUUUAAUUUUAAUUCCAUUGAAUUAUUUAAUAACUAUGUAAACAAAAUGUUUUGUAUUCAAAUAUGUUGUAUUGUUUUAUCAUUUUAUUAUUAUUGUAUUAUUACUGUGUUAUUAUUGUAUUCUAACGUUCAGUUUUGAACUAUAUUAUUUUAAAUUAUUGUAAUUGGAUCAUUGAUCCGUUGAAAUAAAUAAAUAAAUAUAAGUCCACAACCUGAUAA